AUGGCCGACGAAAAUGGAGUGCUCGUCUUGAGUCAAGGGGUAGGAUAUGGCAUCGUGGUCGGCAUCGGAGCCUUCUUUGCCCUCAUGAUGUUGGCUAUAACCUACCUUCAGAAUCGCUACACCACUUACUCCACCAAACAGUCUGAAGAGUUCAACACCGCAUCGCGAAGCGUCAAACCGGGGCUAAUCGCAGCGGGUAUCGUCAGCUCGUGGACAUGGAGCUCGACACUUCUCACGUCCAGCACCUUUGCUUACUCGUACGGAAUAGGUGGCCCAAUGUGGUACGCCGCAAUGGGAUCAUCACAGAUCCUCCUUUUCUCGUUGAUUGCCAUAAAGAUCAAGACCAACGCCCCCGGCGCUCAUACCUUCCCGGAGAUCAUCCUUGCGCACCAUGGACGCUUAAACCAUGUCACUUACCUAUUCUUCGCGUUCGCAACCAACCUCCUGGUGGGAUCCUGCCUCGUCUUGGGAGGCAGCCAGGUCGUCGGCGCUCUGUCGGGCGUUAAUGUCUAUGGGGCCUGCUUCCUUAUCCCGCUGGUCGUCGCGGCAUAUGUCAUCGCCGGAGGCCUCAGGAGUACAUUCAUUGCCGACUACGCGCACACGGUGAUCGUUUUCGUGGCAAUUCUUACCUUCGGGUUCAGCAUGUACGCGACGAGUGCGACGGUCGGGAGCAUUGACAAAUUCUAUGACUUGCUCCUUGAGGCCGGCAGGAACAUGCCGAUCUCGGGAAAUGCUCACAACGGAUCGUACUUGACCUUCAAGUCGGAUGAUGGACUCGUUUUCGCAAUCGACUUGCUCGUUGCAGGGUUUUGCACAGUCUGGUUGGACCAGGCCUACUGGCAACGCGCGAUCGCCUCGCGACCCGAGACAUCGGUGAAAGCAUAUUUGUUUGGCGGGAUCGCAUGGUAUGGCAUCCCAUUUGGAUUCGCCACAGCCAUGGGACUCGGCUGCGCAGCAUUGACAUCCAACCCCUCGUUUCCAACAUAUCCCAACCCGCUCUCGGCUGCGCAGAAUGGCAGUGGUCUUUCCGCCCCUUCGGCGGCUAUUGCGUUGAUGGGCAAGGGGGGAGCGGGACUUCUGCUCCUCCUGCUGUUCAUGGCCGUCACGAGUGCGACGAGCGCCGAGUUGAUUGCAGUAUCGAGCCUUGUUACGUUUGACCUGUUCAAAACGUACAUAAAGCCGGCCGCGACUUCUGAUGAGCUCGUACGAAUAAGUCAUUAUGGGAUCAUUGCUUUCUCCAUAAUUCUGGCCUCAUUCUGCUGCGUACUGAACGCUGUUGACAUCAACCUGACCUGGGUGCUUACGGUCCUGGGCGUGAUUGUAGGUGGUGCCUCUAUACCGGUUGGAUUGAUCCUACUAUGGGAGCCAAUGUCGUCUGUAGCAGCCUUGCUCUCGCCAUUGAUUGGAACCGCGCUGGGUCUAGUUGCUUGGUUCGUCGUGACCAGGCUCCGCAGUGGGAGUAUUUCGGUAGAAACGACGGGCGAUGUCACGAACGCCGUUGCUGGAAACGUCACCUCGUGUUGCACCGGUGUCAUCAUGGCGUUCGUGUUGACAUGCCUCUUCCCAUCGAAAUGGGGAGCGACGGAAGCCCGAAGCGACCUUCUGGCAAAGAUCAGACUAGACAAGAUCCUGCAUGGUGUUCCCACUGGUUCGACACAAGACGGAAGAGCUCCCGGAAAUCGUGCUGAAUCGGACUUGGAAAAGGCCAGUGGCACACCUCAUACUGCCUCGGACCCGACACCGGAACCGGUUGCUCCCACGGGGAACGCGAUCGUGGAUUUCCUCGAGGCUUCGUAUUCACAGCCUAUGGAUCCUCAACAAGCCAGGGCCGCAACAAGGCUUGCUUAUGGAUUCAAUAUUGCAUACUGGGCUGUAGCAAUGAUUCUGGUUCCAUUUACAUUUUUCGGCACCGGGUGGGAGAUGACACGAGCGGGUUUCAAGGGAUGGUGUCAGGCUCAGGGAAACCCGCCCGCCGACAACUCCGAUGAAGGGCCGUUCACCCUUCUAGUCUUUCCAUUCUCGCUCUAUUCCAUCAUGGCACGAUUUGCCAUCGAACUUGGAAAAGAAUACCACCGAGGGGCCAAGGGAUUGCCCAAGAUCAUCCUCAAGCUCCUCAAUCUUCACCGAGACGAGAAUCUCUCAGAGUGGUUUCUCACUGAGAUCAACCCGAAUGGUCAGGUGCCCGUCAUGACCCGCGAACGCCGAAACGGGUCGACGAAGCCACAACUUGAAAUUACACCGGAGAGCACGGCGAUUUCAAAAUUCUUCGCAGAGCGCUUCUUUCCGGGCUUGCUCGGAGGCUCGCAUAAAGGAGAAAUUGACAGGCUGUUAGGACAACUGCACCAGAUACAAGCUUUCUCGUUGAGCAUCAAAAGCCCUACAGAGGAGCAGGCGGUAGAAGUACCAGACCCAGGCCUCAACGAGCUGCUCGCCAGAACAAGGAUAUCUGAUAAAUAUCGGCGAGCACUCGAGUAUAAAAAGGAACAGUAA